UGGGGCAGCCGUGACCGACCCGCAGCGGAACCGUUGGGGAAGAAGGGGGCGAUGGAGGAGCAGACGCCUCUCCGAUUCAAGAAGAGGGAGACCGAGGUGUAUGUUGGCAACCUUCCUGUGGACAUCUCUGAGGAGGAAAUUCGGUACCUGCUGAAGGACUUCAACCCUCUCCGUGUCCAUAGGGUCCAGAGUGGCUACAGAUGCUUCGCGUUUGCGGACCUGGGCUCCGUGCAGAGAGUGGCGCUGGCGAUCCGGGAGCUGAACGGGAAGCUCUUCCACAGCCGGAAACUGUACGUGAAUUCCAGCAGACGCUCUCCCAAGCGGCCCCAGGAGCCGCAGGUGUCGCAGAGGCCUUCCGGUCGAGGAUUUGCUGAAAUCGCUGCUUUUUUCCAGCUCACCCCCAAAGCUCCCAGUGACCCCCGAGAGACAGCGAGACCGAGGACACCCUUAUUUGCAGUCCCCAUGGAAAUGAGAGGCUCCUUCCUGGUGCCGCUCCUGAGGGAAUGCUUCCGCGACCUGGGCUGGCUGGCCACCAUCUGCCACACGGGCGGGGACGUGGGGCUGCUGGUGACCAGUAUUGUCCCUCGGACCCCGUUCUUCUGGGCCAUGCACGUCACGGAGACUCUGCACCAGAACAUGCAGGCGCUCUUCAGCACCCUGGCCGAGGCGGAGGAGCAGCAGCCCUACCUGCAGGACGCAGCCGUGCAGCGCGGGGCCCGCUGCCUGGCCGAGUACCACCUGGGCACGUACGGCCGGGCCUGGAACAGGUGCUGGGUAGUGGACAGGGUGGAUUCCUGGGCUGUGGUCUUGUUCGUCGACUUUGGCCAGUCGGCCACCGUCCCGGUGCAGUGUCUGCGCAGCCUGGACAGUGAUGACUUCUGGACCAUCCCCCCUCUCACCCAGCCUUUCAUGCUGAGGAAAGGCAUUUUGAGUUCCUAUCAGCAGACCCAUCACAUCCUCAAAGGGAGAAUCACCGGUGCUUUGAACUUGGAGCCACAAAUCCUGAAGUUUGAAGAGUUAAGAUGAUGUGGCUAGCAUCAGCUCCCUCCCUCAAAUAUUCUUCCUGCCCCCUCCCCUUCCCCUCCCU